AUGUUCUCAGACCACAGUAUAGAGCAGCUAUUUACUUUAUUGGUCUUAGAUAAUAAAGAAAGCACGACGAUCAAAAAUCAUUCCGAAGAAGUUCUUGUUACGGAGUACACACACUAUCCGACCGUGGCCUUUGAGGAAGCACCGCUCGGGUCGGGAGGCGGCGGUGCCGUCUUAGCCCGUACCACAUCCCGACAAUGCGUCGCGUGCGCGCACAAAGCAAAGCUGACCUCUGAAUCGGCACCCGCACCCCCAUACGUCCCACCGGCUACCGCCCCACCGAUCACAAGCCCGUCGGCGAGCGCCCCGCCCAUCUUAGAAUCGCCUGAACCCAUAGUGUACCAACCGGAGGUGAAGGAAAGGGUGUCGCCUCCGGUCAUUCCGACUAUUCCAACUAUGGCCGCUAAGCCGGAAAACAUGCGAGAAGCGCUAGAAGAUAGAGACCCUAAUAAUUUGAAUCAGCACGUACAGAUAGUAUGGGAUGAUAUAAUCGGUGAACCAGAAGGUGCACGCAGCCCAGAAUGCUCGUGGAGGCUGAGCUCUAUCUGCUUCCAAUACGCCAGGAACUGGUGCUACACCCUGCUGGCUGUAGUAAUAGCUCCACCCUGUGCCCUGUUGCUAGGUUGUGGAUUUGCAUGCCUUGCAUUUGAGCAAAUUUGGUGUACAGCGCCAUGUUUACGGUGCGUGAAAAUUUACUUCGCAUCCCUCCGCACCAUGGUAGCAUCGUGCAUGGCUGCCACCGUUGUACCAGCGUCGGAAGCGGUCGGCCAUGUUUGCCGACAUAUCCGCAUCAAUUGGAGGAAGGAAGCGCCAGAAGAACGCGACAUGCUGGUCAUUUAG